GAGGAACAGGGAGGAGGCGGGGUUACGGAGGACUGGUCUUAGAAUUAUCGCGAGAACUGUUGCUGGCCAGGUAGGCUUCAGGGGGCGUUCCGUGGUGGAGAUGCGUUAUGACGGCGACUUAGGAACGUUCUUUUGGCGAUCCUUUCAGUGGGCAGAGAACUCUGCCAAGAGUGGAGUCCUGCCUUCGCGCUGAGGUGGCCUCACUCCCGGAUCAGGCUUGACCGGGAUAAGCCCCAGAGAGUUGUAAGAAGUUGGAUGUAGAAUUUCUUCAUGAUUGGCUUCCUGUAAAAAUGUAGUUUCCUGAUUCUACUUUAUAACCUAUAAUCAUGGACUUGUUUAUGUGAUAUUCCACACUCAUAACAAAUCAACUGGCCAGUCUUCUAUCUUUUCUUGAAGAUAUGCUGCUCUUCUUUAUUGUGGGAUUGCUCGUACAUUUUGUGUUCUUCGCCUCCAUCUUUGACAUUUAUUUUACAUCUCCUUUGGUUCAUGGGAUGGCUCCUCAGUUUACGCCAUUGCCUCCUCCAGCAAGGAGACUAGUGCUCAUUGUUGCUGAUGGGCUGCGGGCAGAUGCACUUUAUGAAUUUGAUGAAAAGGGAAAUCCUAGAGCACCAUUUAUUAGGAAUAUCAUAAUGCACGAAGGCAGCUGGGGGAUAUCUCAUACACGUGUGCCAACUGAAUCACGGCCGGGUCAUGUAGCCCUGAUAGCUGGAUUUUAUGAAGAUGUUAGUGCAGUUGCCAAAGGAUGGAAGGAAAACCCUGUGGAAUUUGAUUCUCUUCUUAAUCAAAGCAAGUACACAUGGAGCUGGGGAAGCCCAGAUAUCUUGAGUAUGUUUGCCAAAGGUGCUUCAGGAAACCAUGUUUUUACACAUAGUUAUGAUGCUGACAGUGAGGAUUUUGGUGCCAAGGAUGUAACAAAACUGGAUACAUGGGUCUUUGAUAAUAUUAAGGAAUUCUUUCAUGCUGCCAGAAACAACCAAUCUUUGUUUUCUAAACUAAAUGAAGAGAAAGUAGUUUUUUUCUUACAUCUAUUAGGAAUAGAUACAAACGGACAUGCUCACCGACCCACAUCAAGGGAAUAUAAGGACAAUAUUAAACUAGUUGAUGAGGGAGUUAAAGAAAUUGUGUCCCUGCUUAAAGAUUUUUAUGGAAAUGAUGAGAAAACGGCAUUUCUCUUUACCUCUGACCAUGGAAUGACAGACUGGGGUUCCCAUGGGGCUGGUCAUCCUUCAGAGACCUUUACUCCUUUCGUUGCUUGGGGAGCUGGAAUCAAGUAUCCCCAAAAAGUAUCAGAUCAACAGUUUAAUGAUGUGCUUUUGAAAGGAUGGAAAUUGGAGUCCUGGAAGAGGCAAGAUAUCAAUCAGGCUGAUGUUGCACCAUUGAUGGCUUCUCUUAUUGGAGUUCCUUUUCCUCUCAAUUCAGUGGGAAUCCUUCCUGUGAAUUAUCUUAACAACACUGAUGCCUUCAAAGCAGAGAGCAUGUAUACAAAUGCAAAACAGAUUCUUGAACAAUUCAAGGUGAAAAUGACUCAGAAAAAAGAAGUUACUUUACCAUUUUUGUUUACACCAUUUAAGUUGCUUUCUGAUUCUAAACAGCUUGACAUUUUAAGAAAAGCAAGAUCUUAUAUAAAACAGGAAAAUUAUGAUGAAGCAGUCUUCCUUUGCAUGGAGCUGAUUCAUCUCUCAUUGGAAGGAUUGACCUAUUAUCACACUUAUGACAGAUUCUUUCUGGGCAUCAAUGUUCUGCUUGGUUUUGUGGGAUGGGCAUCUUAUGCUUCUUUGUUGAUUAUCAAAUCUCAUUCCAGCCUUACCAGAGGUGUUAGUAAAGAAGUUAAGAAACCAAGCCAUCUCCUGCUGUGUAGUUUUGUGACUAUUGGCAUUUUAAUGGCAUUUUUUCUGCUGAUUCAAGCCUGUCCCUGGACUUAUUAUGUGUAUUGCUUGUUGCCAGUGCCUAUAUGGUAUGCAGUUCUAAGAGAAUACCAAGUUAUUCAAGACCUUGUCACGUCACUGUUGACCUUCCCCUCGCGUCAUUUUGUUGGAUACCUGUUAGCACUUGCCUUGGGAAUUGAAGUAUUAGUUCUCAGUUUUUUCUACCGCUAUAUGCUUACUGCUGGACUUAUUGUAUUUGCGGGUUGGCCAUUUACCACUCAGCUGUGGACACGAGCAAAGAGCAUCUCACUGAGUUGGAUUUUCUUCUGUUCUCUGGCGGUGUUCCCACUGAUGCCUGUUGUAGGACGAAAGCCAGAUAUCUUUCUAGUAAUGGGUGCAGGCCUGCUGGUCCUUCUGCUGUCCCUGUUUGUUGUAACAUCUCUCAUAAAAACAAAAGAUAGUUUUGUAAAUGACAAGCUAUUGUUACAUCUAUUACAGAUGCUGAGCACAGUGCUUUCCAUGUGGGCUGUGUAUAGCACCCAUAAUAGCCUUCUUAAGAAACAAGGACUUCCUCUUAUUAAUCAGGUGGUUAGCUGGAUAAUAUUAGCCUCCUCCUUCGUGGUGCCCCUGCUGAGUCCCAGGAACCUCUUGGAGCGGUUGUUUAGUAUACUCGUCUCAUCGAUGUCAGCCUAUCUCCUUCUAAGCAGAGGGUAUGAGGCUCUCUUCCCAUUAGUGUUGUCAUGUUUGAUGUUUGUCUGGAUACAUAUGGAACAAGAAACCCUACAACAAUCUGAUGUUUCCUGCAAACAGAAGGUCACCAGUAUCCAUUUCUCCUACAAUACUGAUAUAACCCAGUUUCGACAGCUCUGUCUGGAUGACAUCCGUAGGGCCUUUUUCCUUGUUUUCUUCUUAGUGACAGCAUUUUUUGGAACUGGGAAUAUAGCUUCUAUUAACAGCUUUGAUCUUGCCUCUGUCUACUGCUUUCUGACUGUGUUUAGUCCUUUUAUGAUGGGAGCCCUGAUGUUGUGGAAGAUUUUUAUCCCCUUUGUUCUGGUGAUGUGUGCUUUUGAAGCCGUUCAAUUAACUACCCAGUUAUCAUCAAAAAGUCUUUUUCUCAUGGUUCUCGUCAUAUCAGACAUUAUGGCUUUGCAUUUUUUCUUCUUGGUCAAGGAUUAUGGCAGCUGGCUUGAUAUUGGAACAAGCAUCAGCCACUACGUGAUUGUCAUGUGCAUGACCAUUGUUCUGGUGUUUCUCAACGGCCUGGCCCAGCUGCUUACCACAAAGAAACUCAGACUGCAUGGCCAACCUAAAAGCCACCUCAUAUGAUGUCACCGAAGCAUCCUUCCGCAUCUGGGUCCUGUUUCUCAUUCUCCUUUGAAAUUAAAAGCUUAUCAAGGAUUCAGAAGGAAGAUGGGUUUUGAUGUGUGGUACAUUCUGCUCCUAUAAAGAAAAUUACACGUGGAAUUCUGAACUUACAGGUUGUCUGGAAUAAAGGAGCUUCCAUUUUCUUUA